CGUCUUAAAUGCACGACCGGCUGCAUGAGGAAAUCGAAGGAGAUACGUGCGUACAGUCCUGUAGUUGGGAGCAAGAUAGCGGCAUUAUGAAAUUACUUUUCUGGCAAAUCAUGGCGGGAUUUUGCUCGCUUCCCGGAUCAUGAUGUGGCACAGGAAUGUGAAACGUCUAAAACAAACUGCGACUGCGAAGGGAAGUUUUGCCACCCUUCACCGCACCCGGCUCCGGGUGCAGGUGCGUGGGGUGUUGUUCUGGAAACGCCGGUUUCGUCUGCAGAUUGCACUCCAAGGCAGCAAGUCCCGAGGCCUACAGACUCGCAGGCACAAGAGGAAAUGGACCAAAUGUGUGCCGAGAACGUCCGAAGUCAAUAUAAAGAAAGAGACCAGGCAUUCAGCUAGAUUCCAGCGUCAGAGGUCUGCUCAUGUUACUGUUGAGUUGUAUUCUAGGGAGGUAAGACAUGACGUAGAGUUGGCUGAGGAAAUGUUCCCUGGCUACACACUAAAGACAUAUAAGCCAGAAGGUAAUCCUUCACCAGACACAUGUCCGUCCUCUGAGUGUCCACUUCUCUUAUCUGAGCGGUCCACAAUAGAUGCACACAUCCUGGAACCACGAAGCACCCACUUUACAUUGAAUGCCACCAGACAGCUAAUGGAUGGUGGUCACCUCAGUGGUACUUUACCAGAGGAGGUGGAGCAGAAGACCAAGCAGGUAGCCGAGGGCAGCAGAGUCAAACAGCCGAAGGGGUCAGGGUCAACCGGCAUACAUAAAAAGAGAGCUCCGCCUGUGCUGAUGCGGCACAAGAGGUUGUCGAGGUUCGACUCCCAGUUCUGGUGCAGGGUUAGGCCCUCUUGUUUGGGCAGCUGCAGGAAGGGGAGGAGAGCGAAGAACCUGCCCAGGGUCUCCACUCUCAGGCACAAGCGACGAAAGGCGGAGGCGCUUCACUACCUGUCCAGCCUAAGCACGGAGUCCAGAGACUUACCCAGGGAGCUUAAUGGCCACGACCUGCCUAAGGGUAGCACAUCGGAAGGGGAUGGGGUAGAGCCAACCACCUGCCAAGCGGUGUUGCAAGGUUGGAGUCAGGAAGUUCAGAAGAAGGGGCAUGAGCAGGUCAAAGAUGCUGAACAGGUGUCACUAACUGCUAAUGGCGACCCAGUAGGGGACGCCGAUGACAUGGAGGUGGAGUCACCUGUUCCCUGCCCCGCCCACUGCACCAGCCCGCUCCGAGACCACCGCUACUGCAAGACUGCCGCCGGAGCCGCUGAUGUUGUCACAGAGGGGAGCUCAGAGACUAAGGAGGAGAUGUCCGCUGACAGCAAGUCACUGACCAAAGAGGUCACCAACGAGACACUAAAGGAGCUUAUUCAUGAGUAUCUGGAGCACUUUUAUGGGAGGUAUGGCAGCUUUAUACCCUUAAGUAAGAGUGACGUACUGAAGCACCUUAACAAGAGGUUGAACACUGACCUCAAAGACAGAAAAUCAUUCAUUUACACAGAAGUGACAAAGUACCAGGCUGGUUUGGCCAGCACUCCAAUGCACUAUUUUAAAGUGGCCUACAAUAAACACACACUGACCCUGGAGGACCUCUCCACACUGGACAAUCAGAACUGGCUCAACGACCAGGUGAUUAAUAUGUAUGGUGAAUUAAUCAUGGAGGCUGCGAACCACAAGGUCCAUUUCUUCAAUAGCUUCUUUCACAGACAGCUGGUAACCAAGGGGUACGAAGGAGUGAAGCGUUGGACUAAAAAGGUGGAUCUCUUCUCUAAGAGGCUGCUGCUAAUUCCUGUCCACCUUGAGGUCCACUGGUCCCUGAUCAGUGUGGACAUCUCCAGCAAGACCAUCCGCUUCUAUGAUUCCCAAGGCAUGGUGUUCAAGCACGCCAUGGAGAACGUGUUCAAGUACAUGACGACUGAAGCUAAAGAAAAGAAAUGCACUGCAUUUCAGAAAGGCUGGAAGACAACAGUAAACAAGCGGAUACCACAGCAGAAAAACGACAAUGACUGUGGGGUCUUUGUUUUAGAGUAUUGUAAGUGCCUGGCAUCUGGGAAACCAUUGCAGUUCUCACAAGCGGAUAUGCCCAGGAUCCGUAAACGGAUUUACAAGGAGCUGUGCGAUUGUAAGCUGACAGACUGAUGCUGAUGCUGGAUGUUGCCCCUCUCUUCCCACGGCCGCUCUGAGUUGCCUGUGUAAGUGGUUGCUGUAGUUUCUUUUUACCACCUUCUCAUUUUAAGAGCAAUUGGUUGAAAGGAAGGAAUAAGCUGAUCCCUGAUUGGACGGUGUGUCAUCCAGGGUGACCACAGCAUCUACACUGAAGAGGGCUGCUUCCGGGACCCUGCAUGUUUAGGCCCAGGCAUUGCACAGAGAAUGCUGUUGAUGUCAGAGUGUGUCCUUUACACAAAAGGCAAUGGUAUUUGGAAGGUUGCUUCUUAAUAUGUACAUUUAGAACUCUUUCUGUUGCUGACUCACUUGCAGUUGAUUUGCCAGAGAUUUGAAUUUGUCACAUGAUCGAUCGCUUUGAAAAGACAGGGUUGGAAGCUGCUUGUGAUAAUUGUGUACUGUGAACAUUGAACAUUCUGAGUUAUACGCUGCUUGGCUAACCAUAGGAAGUAGUAGGCAGACCUUCACAGGAAGAAGGCUCAUCACUACUUUAUACUGCUUAAAACAUUACAGUUCUCCUUUUUAUAUUAUGUGAAGUUUACCUUUAGCAUAAUGACCGGAUAGAGGCAAAUACGGCAAGUAGCAUCUCACUGAAUGUACUUAAGGCUAAGUGAUGUGAGCCAUUAACGGCAAAUCUGUAGGCUUGGCAUUUUAGUCAGCAGGAGAAGACUUGCGGACCAUAUUAGACUGUUAUCCUGAGUUAAUCGAUUUUAUGCUUUAGCAUUGUUUAUCAGUCCAUAAAGUGAUACAUGGCAAUUGUUACUAGCUG